GCCAGGAAUAGAAUCGCAGGCAGUCUUUGUCUGUCUGCGUCCGAAGACAGGCGGGAUCUUCAGCAACUUCCGUGGCUUUCUGUGGUUUAGCCGAUUGAUCGGAAAUGAGGAUGUUGUCCCUCGUCAUAUGUUUGCUGCCUCUAGCGGCGAGUGUGCCCGUAGAAGUUGGAACGGAAACUUCAAAGAAUUUGAUUGUGAGCAUCGAUAACGGCACUUUGAAGGACGUUCGAUUCGUCGGAAAUUCUGAUCGCGCAGAACUAAACCUAUCAGGUUUACCAGAUCUUCGCGCAUUGGAGAAAAAUGCCUUUGACAACGUACUCGAUGUCGAGUCGCUUGUACUUGCCAAUAAUUCGUUGACUUCUCUACCGGAAUUCGUCUUCUCUAAUUUGACAAAACUAAAGAGCUUGUCAUUGUCAGACAACCAAAUAUCGAACGUCCGGAAUCUAUUCGUCGGUUUAGAAAGUCUGCAGCUGUUGGACAUCUCUCGCAAUCCUAUCAGACACUUCGGAAGGGGCCACCUGUUUGGCCUCACCAAGUCCGCUAGGAUUCUUACCGAUGGAAAUAUUCUUUGGAGUAUCAGCACGGGCGUAUUUGCUAAUUCUUUCCUUAAAGACGCCGAGAAGAUGAAGCGGCUGGCAGCGAUGCAGGAUCAGAGUAGACCCGCAAAGGAGAACGAAGAGAAGGAUCGGAAAGUCGAUGAGACUGAAGUAGCGAAGGAAUCUCAGAAUGAAAAAAUCGUCGAAACCCUUAGCGAGCGUACUCGAGUGAAAAUUUGCAAGUCUGAUGGUAUCGUGACAUCAUUGGAAAUUCUUCUGAAAGACGAGGAACUCGUUGAAGGAUGCAUCCAAGUGCUGGUCGAUACCGCGAUGCGAGUGAAUCUCGCCGAGCUGGGUAUCAAGAGUUUUCAGGAAGACUGGUAUCGGUUGCAAUCUCUGCCGAUCGCCUCGUUGGAUCUGUCGAACAAUGAGAUCGUCGAGAUCACGAAGGAGAUGCUGAACGACCUGCCGUCGAGUCUCACGUAUGUAAACUUCCAAGGAAAUAAAAUACGCAUGAUCUGGAGUCAGGUGAUCAAGAACGAUCACCUGAAUGUGCUCAACUUGAGAAAUAAUCUGAUCGAGGAGAUCGAGGAGGACGCGCUCGCGAAAACGAAUCUGCGCGAAUUGUAUCUCGCUGGUAAUCAAUUGAAGAAUCUAAACUUCGUCUCCAGUCUGCCAGAUACCCUCACUGUAUUUCUGGCGGACAGAAAUCACAUAAUCUCUAUUCCCGAUGGUGUGUUUUCCAAAUUCUUUCGUUUGAACUAUCUACAUCUUGACGACAACAAAAUCGAAACGUUACAAAAGGACGUUUUUCAAGGUCUAUCGUCCUUGCUAAUGUUAACAUUGGUGGGAAAUGGUAUAAAGACAAUCGAACCGAACGCUUUUAGAGGCUUGACGACGCUACAGACGCUCGAUCUCCGUCGUAAUUCUAUACGCGAUCUACGGAAGGGCAUUCUCGCCACGUUGACUGGUCUAAGGGAAUUGAAUCUCGCCAAUAACAAAAUCGCCAAGGCCACGUUUGCCGAUCUAGCGGAAUCUGUGGAGUACCUGUAUCUCGACUAUAACGAGAUCGACAUUCUCGAGGAGGAUAAUUUCGUUCAAGCUCCGACAUCCACCUUAUCCCUGACCGGGAACAGAAUUUCUAGCAUAAUGCGUGGUUCACUGAACUUGCCUACUCUGCGGGAUCUACAUUUGAACAACAACACUUUGACGACUAUAGAGGGUGAUAGCUAUGAAGGCUUGAGCCGGUUGAGGCGUCUCUGGCUUUCAGAAAAUAAAAUAUCCGAAAUUCACAAAGGCGCUUGCAAAAAUCUGGGAAGUCUGUACAUUUUGGACAUAUCCAGGAAUCCUUUCCAGAAGCUAGAAAAUGGAGCUCUUAAUGGCCUCAAUACCGCGUUUGGUACUAGCGUGUACAUCUACGAGAACGAUCUAAAGGAGAUACAAGGCGGCGUCUUCGAUGAUGUUUAAAAGUCUUCUAACUUUUAGACUUUUACGUACUUAUGUAUUUUUUUUUCUAUUAAAUGUUUUAAAAAAAAUGGCAUUAAAAGUAAUUGGCCAUUAAUUCCCGAAAAAAAAUUAAUUUUAUUGAAUUAUGUGAUAAAUUAUCAAUAGAAGAACAUAAAAUAUAUAUUCACAUUUCAUAAA